CGGGCGGUUUCGAGCAUUACAACCGAAGACUUGAACGAGUGCGCAUAAAAAAAUUUUGCUGAGAUGAGCUUUACUAACAAGGCCACGAAACACUGUUGCACUGGUCCAGGGUAUGCCACGCCACUGGACGCAAUGAAGAAUGGUCCGCGGGAGAAAAUUUUUUAUCUACCAUGUAUUUAUCAAAGUACUGGUAUUAAAAAACCUGAUUAUUUAGCUACAGUUGACGUGGACCCACAGUCACCAGAUUACUGCAAGGUCAUCCAUCGACUGCCAGUGCUUCACUUGGAAGACGAGUUACAUCACAGUGGCUGGAAUGCAUGCAGUAGUUGCCAUGGUGAUUCGAGCAGAAAACGGGACUCCUUAAUUAUGCCUUCCAUAAUAAGUAGUCGCAUAUACAUCUUUGAUGUCGCUAAAGACCCAAGGGCACCCAGAAUUCGCAAGGUGAUUGAGCCAGAAGAAGUAUUUGAAAAAACUGGUUUAGCUUACCCCCAUACGUCACAUUGUCUUGGUAACGGUGACAUCAUGAUCAGUGCGAUGGGAGACCCUGAAGGCAAUGCAAAAGGUGGGUUCAUUCUGGUGGAUGGAAAGAACUAUUCGGUGAAGGGCAAUUGGGAAAAGCAAACCACAGAGUUUGGUUAUGACUUUUGGUACCAGCCUCGACAUAACGUGAUGAUCAGUUCAGAAUGGGCGGAACCUAAAGCAUUUUGCAGUGGAUUUCAUCCACAGCAUGUAACUGAUGGCAAAUAUGGCAAUAGCAUCCAUGUCUGGGACUGGACCACACGUGAACUCAAGAAAAGCAUACAUUUGGGUGAAGACGGAAAGGUUCCACUGGAGUUGAGAUUCUUGCACGAUCCUGAUGCUAACUUGGGAUAUGUUUGUUGUGCUUUGUCGAGUACUGUCUUUGCUUAUCAUCCAAACAAGAACGGUGAAUGGGUUGCAGAAAAAGUAAUUUCUAUUCCAAGCAAGAAGGUUGAAGGAUGGUCUAUGCCAGAAAUGCCUGGUUUGAUAACCGAUAUUUUGAUCUCUCUGGAUGACAGAUUUCUUUACCUCAGCAACUGGUUACAUGGAGAUAUCCGUCAGUAUGACAUCACGGACAGACUAAAUCCAAAACUCGUAGGCCAGGUAUUCAUUGGUGGCAGCAUAGCCAAAGGAGGAAAAGUCAAAGUGAUCAAAGACCAUGAGCUAAAAGAACAACCCGAGGCUGCUUAUGCCAUAGGAAAGAAGAUUCAAGGAGGAGCUCAAAUGAUUCAAUUAAGUUUGGAUGGAAAACGACUUUAUUUAACAACAUCUCUUUUCAGCAUAUGGGAUAAGCAGUUUUAUCCCGACAUGAUUAAAAAUGGCUCCAUGCUGCUAAAGGUAGACGUGGACACAGAGAAAGGAGGGUUAACACUGGACAAAGAAUUUGGCGUUGAUUUUGGACAGGAACCUGACGGUCCAGCUCUUGCACACGAGAUCAGAUACCCAGGUGGUGAUUGUUCAUCAGAUAUAUGGAUCUAAUUUGGCUAUUUCACAGACUUGUUUUAUUAUUGAUCACAAAAUCUAUUAUAUAUUCUAUUAAUCACUUGUUUUAUGAUUGAUC